AUGACAACCGCUCAUCGACCGACCUUCGAUCCCGCACGCGGCAAAGAAGCGGCGCGCGGACCUGCAUACCACCAGCGCCUCCUUCCAGCCCACACCUUCCUCAAGCAUCGACAAGCAGGCCAAGGCGGCGAUGCAGAUUCAACGAAGCGCGAUCUCCGCGCUGAGCUCCUCGAAGCUGAAGCGCGCCACUUCGCGAAGAAGAAUGGUACCUACGUUGAAGACGACGCCGCGAUUGAUGCCAGUGCGACGCCCAAGCGACCGCUCGAGGCUAUCGAGGCAGGAGACAAGGAGAAUGCGGAUGAGGCAGACCAAAAGCGGCGGCGCAUAGAAAUGCUGGAAAAGUACCGAGACGUGGACGCGGACGACAGCGAUGAGAGCAGCGAAAGCAGCGACGACGACGAUGACGAGGAAGAUGAAACAGCAGCACUUCAGCGCGAACUAGAGAAGAUCAAGAGAGAGCGGGCAGAAGCGAAAGCAAAGGAGGAUGCAGCACGCGCGGCAGAAGAGGAAGAGCAGCGCGAGAUCGAUGUAGCACGCGGCAACCCGCUACUCAACAAAGGCGACUUUACGAUGAAGCGCAGGUGGGACGAUGAUGUGGUUUUCAAAAACCAGGCCCGAGGCACUGAGGACAAGAACAAGAAGAAGGAGUUCAUCAACGAUAUGCUGCGGUCGGACUUCCACAAGAAGUUCAUGUCCAAGUAUGUUCGCUGA